AGGCAGCGUCGCAUUGGAAGCGAAGAAGAGACCGGAUUUGAAGGAAACAUGGCUUCCUCUACUGGCUGUGAGCAUUAUGUUCGCAGCUGCUUGUUGAAAGCACCCUGCUGUGGUAAACUGUACGUGUGUCGGCUGUGCCAUGAUGCAGAGGAAGACCACCAGAUGGAUCGAUUCAAAGUCAGAGAGGUGCAGUGCUCUGAGUGUCAGACAGUGCAACAGGCACAGCAGACUUGCCAGCAGUGUCAUGUGCAGUUUGGAGAGUAUUACUGUGACAUCUGCCACUUGUUUGACAAGGAUAAGAAGCAGUACCAUUGUCAGCCCUGUGGAAUAUGCAGGAUUGGACCCAGAGAGAAGUAUUUCCAUUGUGAGAAGUGCAAUCUGUGUUUAGCUCAGAAUCUACAGGGAAACCACAAGUGUGUUGAAAAUGUGUCAAGGCAGAACUGCCCAGUGUGUAUGGAGGACAUUCACACGUCCAGAGUUGGAGCUCACGUUCUUCCAUGCGGACAUCUUUUACACAAGACCUGCUUUGAUGACAUGGUCAGAAGGGGAGCCUACCGCUGCCCACUGUGUAUGCACUCUGCCUGGAACAUGGAGGACCACUGGGAUCAGAUGGAUGUAGAGAUCUCUCUGUCACCGAUGCCCUCUGAAUACAGGGAUGCUACUGUCAAAAUUAUAUGUAACGACUGCCAAGCCCAUUGUACGGUGCCUUUCCACGUCCUGGGAAUGAAGUGCAGCCGCUGUGGCUCGUACAACACAGCACAGGAAGGAGGACUCAUCCAGCAGAGUCAACAACAACAGCCAGUGCAGAACACUGACAAUGAGGCAGAAACAGACACAGAGUCCGAGAACCAAGAUCAACCGGAGUAACCCAUGCCACAUUAGCUUUUCAUCCAAACACAAUGAGUGACGUUGGGCUAGUGCACAUAAUUGUUGUAACCUUCAUUGAUUGUAACAGUAGACUGGGCCAAUAUUAAUUGAUUGUAUAUAUACGACAAAAAAAAAUCCAUCUAUUUUCUGUACUGGCUUAUCCUCUUCAGGGCAGGAACCUAUCCCAGCAUGCACUGGGUGACAUGAAUUGUACACCCUGAACAAAGGUUUGCCAUAUAGACUAUAUCUGCCUGUGUAAAAAUCCUUAACACUCCACCAGGUUUGAAAACUUGUAAGACACAGCUGCCAAUUAAAACUAGUCUCAAUUAGAAGUCAACAUGAUUAAUACUGUAGUAAGUCUGCACACUGACUUAACCGACAUCCUCGCAGCACAGCACAAGGCAGUGGCUGUAAAGAAUUUGUAAAAGUCGGACCCACACACGGAAAUAAAAAUGGACUGAGUGAAAAGGAAAGAGUCACAGGGCAUUUGUGCAGAAAUAAACUCUGGAAGGUGCAGAUGUUUCAGUCCAUGUACGUACUAUCCUCGGUACAACAUUUGCACCACUUCCACUGAUCAUUUUUUGGUUCUGCAUGUGAGUCAAAGAUUGAAGAGACAGCAUUUUUCUACAUUUGACUUAAUUCCUGGGUGUGGAUCCAAUUCAUUGUGACAUCUUAGAUCAGAAAUUGAUGCUUCUUACUCAGACACACAAAUCAAAUAUAAACCAAAGUUCCAUCACCGAGAUUCAAAGCACAAAAGCAGAACUUCUAGGUCUUUAAAUUUUUGUCUGUUAAACCUGCAUGAUGAGCUGAGAUAUAUUACAAAUAAAGAUACUUCAUUGGCACAAUGAUUACUGAUUGGUAUGGUCUGAAAUUCGAUCUCUAUUCUCUAUGUCCUGUCCCUGAAUUCUGGUACUGUUUGUGUUUUUUGUGUCUUUGUUUCUUGCAGGUGUAACAUUUGGUUAUCUUUACAAUGACAGUAACGCAAACUCCCAAUAAAAAACACU